AUGUAUACAAAUUCAUCCAUAUAUACAUUUUAAUUUGUCAUGAAUACAUCCAUUUCUUAACCUUAAUUUUUCUUAAGUAUUAAAAUAUAUAAUUAAAAAUAUUUAUAGAAUUAAUUUCUAUAAACAAAAUUAUUUAUAAAUUUAAAAAUGAAUCAUACGGACAUUGAAUUAAUGAACGACGUUAUAUUAGAAGAAAAACAAGUAAAAAGAAAUAAUACGAAUAUCUCAGCAAAAAAUAAAAAUAAAAAUAAUAAUCCACAUAUUUCAAGCAAACUUAAAGUAGAAUUACAAACCUUAAGAAUAUCAGAAGAAUCUGAACAACAAUUAUAUAAUACUUUAAAACAUAUUUAUGGUUCUAGUUUUAAACUUUCUGAUGCAUCAGAAUUUGAAAAUAAAAGAUCCAAUUUAGGCAAACAAUAUUGGAUGGAAAGGGGAAAUUUAAUUAUCAAAGGAAUAGUUGACUAUUCUUCUAAAAAUAAUAAACCUAAAAGUGAAGAACAAAUUAGUAGACAAUUUGCAACAUCUAAACUUAAAAGUUAUGGUUUUCAUCAUUCACAUUGCAUGGAAGCAUUAAUACAUACAGAAGGUGAUGUAGGAAAAGCUUUGGAACUAUUAUUUUAUAAAUAUUAUGAAUUGGAAAAUAUAACAAGAAAUAAGAUACCUGAUGAUAUUAAGACAAUAGAAUUAUUAGAAAAAAGAAAUGAAGAAAGAGAAGCACUUGAAUCUAUUUAUGGGAACAUGUUUACUGAAAAAAUAAAAAAUCAAAUUUGGAUUGUACAAGUUAAAUUGGAUUAUGUAAGAAAUGAUGAAAUAGAAGAAGAGAUUGAAAGAAUUAAACAAAAACAAAAGAAAGAAAAGGAAAGAGAAAUUUGCAGAUUAUUUAUUCAUAAAAAAUGUAGAUUCGGAAAUAAAUGUAGAUUUUUACACCAACAACCACAAAUAAUAAAAAUGCCUGAAAGAGAAGAUCCAUAUUUUACUUUAGAAAUAAGAUUUCCUGAAGGUUGUAAAUAUCCUUAUGAACCACCUUAUUUUUAUUUUUAUAAAAAUGAUGGUACAUUUCCAAGUAUAAAUUGUUUAAGAAUAGGAAGAAGAUUGUAUGAUGAAGCAUUACUAAUAUCUGCAGAUGGAACACCUUCUAUUUUUUCAAUAAUAUCUCUUUUGGAAAAUGAAUAUGAUAUAAAAGAAUAUUUAGAAGAAAAUAAAAAACAAUUUAUAGAUCAAAAUGAAUUAUUAUUUCAAAAACAAUCAGAAACUGAAGAUGAAACAAAUAUAGCUACACAUUAUGAAUUAGGAUCUAUUCAUAGAAAAAAUAGAAAUAAUGUUAGUUGGGAAGAAAUAUUAAAAGAAGAUAAUCUAAUUGAAAAAAAUUUCAAAGAGAAACAAACAAAUUCUAGAUAUAAAAAAAUGAAAGAAAUUAGAGAAACGCUGCCUGCAUGGACAAAAAUGGAUGAAAUUUUAGAAUUAAUACAUAAAAAUCAAGUUACUAUAAUUUCAGGUGAAACAGGAUGUGGCAAAAGUACACAAGUACCACAAUUUUUAUUAGAUGAUUGGAUUUGUAAUAGAUCUAAGUCUAAAGAACAUGUUAAUAUAAUAUGUACACAACCUCGAAGAAUAAGUGCAGUAGGAGUAGCAGAAAGAGUUGCAACAGAAAGAAAUGAAUGUAUAGGUGAUAUAGUAGGAUAUCAAAUACGAUUAGAAAGUAAAAUUUCUAAUAGAACUAGAUUAACAUUUUGUACAACUGGGAUUUUAUUGCAAAGAUUUUCUAUGAAUCCAGAAUUAACAGAUGUUACACAUAUUAUUGUAGAUGAAGUUCAUGAAAGAAGUGCAGAAAGUGACUUCUUAUUGAUGCUCUUAAAAGAGUUAUUGCAUAAAAGAUCAAAUUUGAAAAUAAUACUUAUGAGUGCAACACUUAAAAGUGAGGUAUUUUCCUCAUAUUUUAAAGGAGCUCCUGUUUUAUGCAUUCCAGGAAAAACAUUUCCUGUAGAACGAAUUUUUUUAGAAGAUAUAUUUGAGAGAACAAAUUAUGUUCUUGAAGAAAAUUCGAGAUUUACACGAAAAAUUAAAGGUGGUUGGAUGCAAUUACAAAUUGAUUUAGAAACUGCAGAGAUUGAAGGUCUUUCUGCUCCUAUACCUAAGGAAUCUAUUGAAGAUGAAAAUUUAUCACUAACGCAACUUGUCAGUAGAUAUCAGGCUUAUAAUAAGCAAACUCAUAAAAAUUUAUAUGUUGUAGAUUAUGAUAAAAUUAAUUUUGAACUUAUAGAGACAAUAUUAGAAUGGAUUACUUUUGGUGAACACAAUUAUCCUAAAACAGGCUCCAUUUUAAUAUUUUUACCUGGAUUUGCUGAAAUUAUUGCACUAAAAGAUCGAUUGAAUGACAAUAAAUUUCUCUCACCAAAGACUGGAAAAUUUAUUAUUGUACCAUUACAUUCAUCUUUAUCAAAUGAAGAACAAAACUUAGUUUUUAAGAAAAGUAAAAACGUCAGAAAAAUUGUAUUAAGCACAAAUUUAGCUGAAACUUCCAUCACUAUUGAUGAUUGUGUUUUUGUAAUUGAUAGUGGCAAAAUGAAAGAAACUAGAUUUAAUUCAAAUCAAAACAUGGAAAGUUUAGAAACAUGUUGGGUAUCACGUGCAAAUGCAUUACAAAGAAAAGGUCGUGCUGGACGUGUAAUGUCUGGAAUAUGUAUUCAUUUAUAUACUUCAUACAAAUUUAAAUAUCAUUUCACAGCACAACCAGUACCUGAAAUAUUACGAAUUCCUUUAGAACCAUUGUUAUUACGUAUACAACUUUUACAUAUAGGAAAAAAGAUUGAUUUACAUAAAAUUUUAAGUAAAAUGCUAGAACCACCAACAGAAGAAAAUAUUAAUAGUGCAAUUAAACGUUUACAAGAUGUUGGAGCAUUUAAUUCCGAAUGUACAUUAACACCAUUAGGCCAUCAUCUUGCAACACUGCCUGUAAAUGUACGAAUUGGAAAAUUAAUAUUGUUUGGAGCAAUCUUUUGCUGUCUUGAUUCUGCACUCACCAUUGCAGCUUGUUUAUCUCAUAAAAAUCCGUUUACUAUUCCUUUCGAAAAAAGACACGAAAUUGAUGCAAAAAAAGAAUUUUUUACUGCUAAUUCUGAUCAAUUAACUAUUCUCAAAGCAUAUAAGAAAUGGUUAGAAGCAUAUACACGCAACAGUAAUGCAGGUCAAGCUUUUGCAAAUGAAAACUAUCUAUCUAUGCGUACACUAUGUACUUUGGCAGAUAUAAAAUAUCAAUUAUUAGAAUUAUUGGUUUCAAUUGGAUUUGUUCCUAUUAAUUUGCCCAAACGACAACCAAAUGUUGAUAAGAUUGUAGAAAUUACUGGAUUUGAACUUAAUAUCAAUAAUGACAAUUAUAAACUUCUCCAAGGUUUACUCUGUGCAGCUUUAUAUCCUAAUGUGGUAAAAGUUUUUACACCAGAAAAAUCUUUUCAAAUUCAAUCUGCUGGAGCAGUUCCAAUACAACCGAAACCCGAGGAAUUAAGAUUCCAAACUAAAAAUGAUGGUUUUGUCAGUAUCCAUCCAUCCUCUGUCAACUUUCAUGUUGGCUAUUUUCCUAGUCCAUAUUUAGUAUUUCAGGAAAAAGUUAAAACAAGUAAAAUAUUUAUUAAAGAAGUAUCAAUGGUACCAAUUUUACCAUUAAUUUUAUUUUCUGAUUAUGAAUUAAAAAUAGAAUUACAUAAUGGAAUAUUUAUUGUAUCAUUAGAAGAUGAUUGGAUUUUAUUUAGUGUUGAAUCUCAUAGGGUGGCACAACUUUUACAAAGAAUGAGAAUGGAAUUAGUCGAAUUAUUGGAACAAAAAAUGAAGGAGCCUCUUUUAAAUCUUUUGAAUCAUCAAAAUGGGAAAAAAAUUAUUCAAACAAUUGUAAAUGUAGUCACCAGAGAAUAAAAUAUAAUAAUAUAUUAUACAUUUUUUAAAUAUUAA